UUAAAAAUGAAAAUUUGAGGUGAAUUUUGAGAUGCUACGAAAAAGUUUUAUCCCCAUCAAGGAAAGCAAAUGGAAUGAAUGUGUUUUGGUCGCAAAAGUUGUUGGUUUGUACCUUAUUAUUUAUUAUAAGAUUACCUAUGUUUUGUUACCCUGGUUUCCAGAGCCUUCGACAGUAAAUAAUAAAUUGAAAUGCUCUGGAAUCCAGGGUAAUGUUUUGUUGACGUUGAGUAAUUUUUGAGAAAUAGUGUUGUGACUGUACAAUCCGUACUGUUGUCAUUUUUACCAUUUAAAAAAAAUGGUUCCUGUGCACCCCUAGCUCUGAUCCAAUUGCUCAGAAUAUUUAAUUGGCUUUCUUUUUGCUAUUAAUAGUCCAGCCUGUCCAGGCAUUCUGGAAUUCCACGGGCAUAAAUAGCAAAUUCUGCAGAAUUUGUGACAUCAAUUCCCCAGCCAAAAUGACAAAUUCCACAGCCAAAAUGACAUUCCACAGCCAAAAUGAGAAAUUAGAGUGGAUCGAUAUACCGGAUAUAUCCGGUAUACCGGUAUUUGUUUAGAUACUGGUAUUGGUGAUAUUGACAAUUCAAAAAUACCGAUAUACCAACAUAAAAAUUAUUAUUAAAAAUACUGUAUUAUAAAUUUAUUGCCCAGAAAUUUGCAAAAUGUUUCCUUAGAAGCCUAUCAGUGGUUACACAGUAUUAGUAUAAUGCAAGUAACCCAUUGAGCAUGCACCAGCACAAUCCCUUGAUGAAUCAAAUCACCUGGCAUUAGGUAGACUUGCUCCAAGUCUCUCUUUUAUUGUCAUAUAGCAUCGAUCCACUAUAGUGAACAUUACAUGAUGUAGUGCGGAGGGGCGGAGCGAGAAAGAGAGACUUGUCAACUUCGGAAAAUCUCGGUUCAAAACUGAACUGAAAAAGCAAGACUUAAUUGCUUUAAUUGUUUUCCUUCAAUUUCUUUCUGUAUUAUUUACUAUAAUGGAACUGAUGUUAUUUACAAUGUGCUAGAUCAAUACACAUAAACACUGACAGAAAACAAUUAAAGUAAGUCUUGCAUGUUCGGUUCAGUUUUGAACCGAGAUUUUCCGAAGUUGACAAAUCUCUCUUUCUCACUCCACCCCUCCGUACUACGUCAUGUAAUGUACACUAUAGUGGAUUGAUACUAUAUGACAAUGAAAGAGAGACUUGGAGCAAGUCUAGGCAUUAGGCCGAGAAAAAUAACACAUUACCGUAGAACUUUAGGGUGCAAUGCAAUAAACUUCUUGUUAAUAAGUUAUCUAAACACAUCGGCAGAUAGUCUGAUUAACCCACUGAGCGCCGUCAUGCUCCACUUGAUGAGUAAAAUUGUCUGCCGUUGGACAUGCGGGAUAAAAUAAUAAAGUGGGCCCCAAUUAGCCUUUAUCACGCCGCCAUUUUUGGGGUACUGCCUUUUGCAAAUCUGAGAUUGUACGCAGUGAAUAAGCGAUUUGUAUAACCAAUAAUUGUGAGUAUAAUAAUAAAUAAGUUAAUUUGCAGUUAAAUAUUUGAAGAAAAAAAUGUUUCACAAUUCACAUCGCUUUGGUUUUUCACGUUGUUUUUAAAAAAGUACCCCUAAUGGCGAAUUUGACCUACGUGAGAAAGGCUAAUUCAUCUCGUCCUGGAUAUUAAUAUGAUAUAUUCAACACCAUACAGCAGCAACGUCAUGCACGAUCUAUCGCCACAUGGCCUUAGGGAUGUGCCGAAUACCGGUAUCCGAUAUCUGGUAAAAUUUAGACAUCCGGCACUAUCCGGUAUCCGGUAUAAAUUUGCCGGAUAUUUACCGGAUAGUAUACUGUAAGAUAUUUUGUUACAAUCAUGAAACGGAAAAGUUUACUUGGCGUUUAAAAAUUGUGAAACACGAACAAUUACUGAGCGUGCGCUGCAUUACGACGAAAUUACGACAUAUUUUUUUCGUGAUGGUGAUGUGAACUGCUCGUUCGCCAACAGCAGUGAAUUUUAUAUACUGAAUACCAGCUGAGUAAACAAUGUAAAGUGAAUCGUAAGAUAUAUAUGGCCUUGGUAAAGACAAAUAGGUCAAAGAGACAGUUGAAGUUAUUGUAUUAAUUAAACACAUUGCCACAUUGGACUAGUUAAUUAAUUAAGCUAUAAAAAUGUUGUGUUUCUAAUAAAUUAUUGUAUGGGAGUAUCUGGUUAUUAUCUGGUAUCCGGUUAUUAUCCGGUAUCUGGUCAUCAUUUUCUCCUGACCGGUAUCCGGUAGACUACUAUCCGGUAUUAUCCGGUAUCCGACAAAGCAGUAUCUGGCACAUCUCUACAUGGCCUACGGGAAAAUCUAGUGGGAUAUGCGAGAAAGAUAUAUUUACCAGCCUAUCAGAGACAAGGUUGAUAUCUGCAGCAAGGACAUGUAUAUUUAUUUAGUGAAAGAUAACCAUAAUGCAAAGCGAAAAUGUUGCGCAAAUUUAUACGUUAAUUGUUAUAUUUGAAAGCUAAAACGAGAUUAGUCGAAGGUGGAUUUAAAUUACGUAAGAGGGAAACAAAUUAUGACAGUUUUAUAAAGAGCGCGUUGUUAAUUCAGAAAAUACCUCAAAACAAAAUUAUAUAUAUCGCCGUAGAUAGUGAGUUGGGCUACGCAAAAACCACUCUAGGAUGCGAAAACGCGAUAGGUAUCGGAGAACGUUUUAUGCCGGGCUUCGGUGAUCCUUUGUGUGUAACGUUUUGUAGUAUUGUCAGACCAAGUUUUCACCAUCAUUUUGAACUCUGAUUAUUUAUGCAAUUUUAUAUAGCAUCUUCAAUUGAGACAUUACUUGGCAAUGGGAAAAGGUAAGGAAAUUAAUUAGUGUGUGCUCCUAGGGGAGACUUUGCAUGCUCUCUAAAAUCUCUACAUUCGAAAAUGUUUUUGUUUAUACAAGAGGAGGUCAACCUUCCUAAGAUAGGACUGAUCUCGCUAAUGCGUGACUAUCCAAGACCUCACCUAGGAGGGUUAGAAAUUACUCGUGUACGGCUAAAUACAAUACAGUUUUCUUGCAACUUGAUAUAUUGCGUUGUAAAACGGCUCUUCACUAGCAAUGCAAUGAAAAAUAGCAUUGGAAGUUGUAGGGAAAAUUGAACCUGCUUCUAUACAUUUUGCAAUGCUGCGCGGCAAUUUACGGCGUCUAAUAAUGGCCCUUUAAGGCCCGUUUACACUUGCAAUUUGUGCUGCGAAUUUUAAAAGCACGUCAUCAUAAACGGCAAAGUUAUUUGACGAGUGAAAAGCCUCCGCGAAGAAACGCUAACAAACGUUUGUUUCAGGACUGUUUAUGAGGAAUUUGAACUGAACACAGAAUAAUAUGGACUAUAGUUGCAACAUCUUACCUUUUCAUUUAGUUUUUAUCUUUUAGGUUGGGUAUUUACCAUUAAAAUGAGCAUAUAUGUGCAAACACAUCAUUUUUCAGCUCCCGGGAAGCCCACGCGAAAAAUACGCGUGUUCAUAUACUUGCAAGAGAGCACUCUACAGGGUGUCUAAAAAAAACGCUACGGAAAUUCAACAGGCUGUGCAUCAUAAACGUGGCUAAACAAUUCAAUUUUUACAUAGGACGAAAGAACAGUUAUUUAGCUUUUCAAUGAUACUCUUUUUAAAUCGUAACGAGGAGAAAUGACCACAUACUCGCCAAAUAAAAUUGCCGUUCGAAAUCACAUUCUUCCACCGUUGGGAGUUGCAAGGAAAACGAACAAUAAACAAUUCCCAAGAGGGAAUUAAAAUUGAAUGUUAAAUUAUCUAAAAUAAGCUCAACUCGUCCAUCUUUGUCUCAGUGAGACCAUAAGAACGUCCAUUAUUGCAUUAAACAUGGUCCAUUAACCAGUGAACAGAGAACAUUCGUAAUCAAAACGUUUUACGAAACAAGUACCUUGCAGAAGGCUUGUGUUGCUUUUGGAUUGAUUAACUUUGCAUAAUUAAUAAUGUACUUUCAAUUCCCAACGGUAGAAGAAUGUGAUUUCGACCGACAAUUUUUAUUUGACGAGUAUGUGGCCAUUUUCCAUCGUUACGGUUUAAGAAAGGUAUCAUAGAAAAGCUAAAUAAUAGCUCUCUCUUCCUAUGUAAAAAUUAAACUGGUUAGUUAAGUUUGUGAUGCACAACAGUCUGUUGAAUUUCCGUAGCGUUUUUUUUAGACACCCUUACAGGUCGCCAUCUUCACUUCACCCAAUCAUAGGACGGUUUACGCGGAGUCAUCGUUCCAGUAUUUAACUAUAUUUAUAGAGUUCACUGGAUGAGAGUGUAUACAUAUACUGAGAACAUUCAUAACUCAUCUACUCAUUCACAUCCAAUCGUAAAUCGGCCUUAAUAUGCACCUCCAACUGCAACUUGCCUCGCAAUAUUUGAAUUAUUAACAAAUCACAUCCAUGCAUGUCUGCGCUCAUGCAGGAUAAAUAUUUGGUGAAUGCCGUUGAAUUGAUGUGGAGGAAUAAAAGAAUCUCACUGCAGCUUGCAAAAGAAGUUUUACUCGCAUGUUACCGCAACUUGCAACAUUCUUUUCUCAAAAAAUUGUGUUGCUUGCAAGUUGCAAGAGAAAUUGCAUCGUGUAACAUGGCUUAUUCGUGCGAAGCUCGCCUGUUGUAAGUCUUUUGGGAUUCAAGCACUUGUCUUUGGAACAAUAUUCAAUAUUCAAAAACUUGCUCAGCAAAAUAUAAUUUUGUGUUUUGUGACUAACGAAAGUGCAGUGUACGGAAGUCAUUUAACAUGUAUCAGUCCCUGAGAAAGGGCUAAUUUUUCUCAUUUAAACAUAUGGUAAAAACUAGCGCUACUGGAAAAACUAAGGCUAGGUCUUCUGCAAUAACCGCCUUUCUUCGCUAUACUUACACUUUUAUUUUGAUCAAUUUCUAUUUAAAUUUAAUUUACAUUUUGGUCAACUAAUAUUCAAACAAUGUUACUUUCUUAGUUUGAAAUGCUGUGAGUCAUCAGGAAUCUCAAUUUUAACUGCCAGCACACCUAAAAUCCUUGAAACUAUUGAUAUUCAGGUAAUUUAUUAAUUGACUUGUUUUGCUCAAACAUGAAUGAAUUGAAAUCAAAAUCUGAUUUUAGUGUAAAACUUGGGAUUUGGAAAAAUUUUAGAGGAUGUGCAGAGGUCUGGGUGGGCCCCAGCUGUUUAGGAUUUGCAGUAUGGUUUAGAACGUGGUCGCCAAGCAGAAAUCAAUUAUAAUAUAACUGCAUGGUUGUAAUGUACAUCCGUACGUAUGGAUGUUUUUAUGACUAUUAUUUCUGAUCCAGUUUCUCCUUCGUUGUAACAAUACUAUACAACGUCUAUCGAAACAUUGCACUAAAAGAGCAAUAGACCUUUUUAAAAAGUCUGAAAAAGUCUGCCUUGUGACGUAGUUUGCGGAUAAAUUCGAUCAUUUGGCCAAUCAGAUAAGCCAAAUGGCUGUGCGGGGUUUUCCUUUAUCCGCAAGUUACGUCACAAGGCAGACUUUUUAAAGAGGUCUAUUGCCACAUACACAGAUGAAUGCCGGACUAUCAUUUUGUCAAUUAUAGAAGAGCAAUUUUUACAAAGUUUUAGGGUAACUCGAAAUACAAUGGACUGUUCUUUUGUGUCAUAUUUUGACUUUGAUCCAUCAUUUGACCUUUCUCAGCGGGAGGUGCAUGAAUUUUCGUGGGAGGUGUAGAAUCUUGGUAGAAAUGAAAACGAUCUCAGGAGAGGUGCGCUCCUGCAUGAACCUCCCUCAAACUCCAGCAAUAAUUACUUUUUCGAAUCAUAUUUAUUCAGUAUUCUAUUUAAUAUAUGAUUUUUUAGCAUCCUGUUGGUUUUAUUAUCAACAGCGCUUGUCAGAGUUUUCAGAAAGAGUUUGGAUGUGGAUCUACAACGCUAGCAUGUGUGAUUGGAUAUUGGGCUGGGGCCUUGCAAGAUCUCGCAGAUAUGGUGUGUAUAUCAUGGUUCGAUAAUUCGCGUACGUAUUGUACUGUAGGUAGCUGAGGUACGCCCAAUAUUACUGUAUGGCGUACUACUGCGAGUUGGCUAAUGAUUUAGUACUAUAUACCUACAUUCGUUGACAAAACAUAUUCGGGCAACAUGAAAAACAUUCUCAAAAAUUCAUGAUUCCAAAUGGACUUAUUCCCUAAUGAACAAAAUUUUGAUCUAGACAAGUCUAGACAAACAUUUUACCACAGCUUGGAAGAGCAUCACAAUUAAAUUAGUAAUAUUCAGAAGUUCCGUUGUGAAAAUGUGGAUAAUAUAAUUGCUGCCGAGCGUAGCGAGGCAGCUCCCUAUUCUUGACGUUUCUUGCUUUUUCGUGCGCAGUCCCCGGCCGAGUUAUAUUGGGGAAACAUGCUCAAUCCAUGUCAGUCCCUCGGAUGUCAAGAUUUUUCGGAAAUUGUCGUCAACUCCAGCAUUCGACGACUCUUUGUUUUUAUUCGAUUUUGAUUUGUAUGCGCUCGCAUGAUUCUUCUCAGGAUUUAAUACAGUUUAGUACGAGCUUAUUUAUAUGCAGUAUGUUGAUUUUAGCGAUGCAAAGGAUCGACAAUAUUUUCAAUAAUUCAGGUAAGGGUAGAUGAACGCAUUUAUAUUUAGAUUUGCUGUUUUUAACUGUUCGAUAUAGAGGUAUAUUUGAAACCAACAUGAUUUCAUAAUUUGCAGUUCUAUUAAAUAGCCCACUGAUCGUCUUUAUAUUCGACGACUCUUUGUUUUUAUUCGAUUUGACUCAAUUUUAUUUAUUUUGUAUUGCGCUCGCAUGAUUCUUCUCAGGAUUACAGUUUUAAUAAUACGAGGUUUAAUAUUUACAUGCAGUAUGUUGGAUUUUCACGAUCGACAAUACUUUGAAUAAUUCCGGUAAGGAUAUAGCUUUAUUUCUUUCUGAAUUCUGGUGAUAUACAUGAAGGCAUUUAUAUUUAGAUUUGCUGUUUAGUGUUCGAUAUAGAGGUAUUGAAACCAUGAAUUUGCAGUUCUAAUAAGCCCACUGAUUGUCUUUAUAUUUAUACAAGGAGUCAAGAUGUACUUUUAGUUUAUGUAUUUGUGUGGCGAAUGGCGAUGUGCCAAGGAGGCAUUUAUGUUUAAUAGAUUUGCUGUUUAGUGUUCGAUAUAGAAGUAUUGAAACCAAUAUGAUUUCAUUAGAUUUGCUGUUUAGUGUUCGAUACAGAGGUAUUGAAACCAAUAUGAUUUCAUGAAUUUGCAGUUCUAAUAAGCCCACUGAUUGUCUUUAUAUUUAUACAAGGAGUCAAGAUGUACUUUUAGUUUAUUUAUUUGUGUGGCGAAUGGCGAUGUGCCAAGGCGAGGGACCUUGCCAUUGUAAUAUUCCCUGGUGCUGUGGAGGGUGUUGUGGAGUUGUGGUGCACUCAAAUGUGUGUAUGCCUUUGUGUAUACAGUAGUGCGGAUAGAUACAGGUUUUUAUACAAUCAUUGUGAUUAGUGCUUCACGGUUGUUUUGGACUUUGGAGAUACCAUCAUGUUUCUCUGCUGUAUUAUGGAAAUUCACUGGAUAAAUAUUUAUUAAAUAAGAGUGUCAUGAUUUAUGGUUGGUUUGGCAAUAUUUUGACCUCUUUAAUUUAAAAUACAAUCAUUGUGUAAUGUGCUUCACAGUUGUUUUGGACUUUGGAGACACCAUCAUGUCUGCCGUAUUAUGGAAAUUCAUUGCAUAAAUAUGCAUUAAUUAAGGGAGUGUCAUUUUUUAUGCUUUGGGCACAGAAUAGAUAUAGGGCUUUGGGUGGGGUGGUGAAAUCAUAGGUUGUUUUUUUUUGGGAGGGGGUUACCAGAGUUUGAGGAGUAAUUGGGGGGGAGGAUCAUGAAAGUUUUAGUUCUGGCAAUAUUUUGACCUCUUUAAUUUAAAAUAUAUUUAUAGAACAGGUAAAAUAUGUUUAUUAAAAAUGUAUACCACAAAUAGAGCAUAAAUUUACACAACAAGAUUUUUAUUAUGUGUCGAGUUUUUUUUUACCCAACCCCAACAAAACAUCAAUAUUAAAAGUAUUUAUUAAAAGUUAUUAAAAAUCUGUUCUUCUAAAUGUAGUACUUUGCAAAAGUCUGAAAAGUCUAUCCAACCCCAACAGAACACACCAACAUUAAAAUUUAAGAUAAACCACUAUAAAAGUGCAUUCUUCUAAAUCUAGUAAUUCACAAAAGUCUGAAAAGCUACCCAACCCCAACAACAGAAAACAUCAAUAUUUAAGAUAGAUAAUAAAGUACGGUACUAUAAAUGUUAGUGCUUCCCAAAGUCUACGCAAGAGCUACAUCAUUAACUUUGCUCGUCAAUGAAUCGUACUCAGCUUUAAUUUCUUUGGCAGCUGUCAAAAUAGCAAUAGGUCCAAGGUUUCUUUUAGUUGCUGCACGUCUUGGUUGUAAAAGACAAGCCGCUUCUUUUCUGACGGAUCCGUUAUACUUUGCACUAAAAGGCGAAUGCUUAACUGGGUGUCACACGCAUCUAACAUAAGCAGUGCUUUGCAACCCUGUCCCUGACAUUCUCCAAAAAGGUCAUCAUCUGCAAGAGCGACAACAUUCUUCUUGCAACUGGGACAGGAAACAGUUUUUGCAAUUUCUUGUACCCCAAUAACUUUUCCAGUUAUUGUUGCAGAUGUUAACUGUAGGUUGAGAUCAAUAUCAACUAGCUCUUGGUCAAAUGGAGUGGUUUCUGUCGCUUCAAAUUCGUCACUUUUGGGUGUGUUUAAGUAUUUUUCACCCCUGUAUAUUCUUAGUUUCAAGUUUUUAAAAACAUAGGUGGUAUUUUCUCUCAAAGUAUCCACAUAGGAACCCCAAAGUACUGCUUUUAUACAGCUGGUUGUAUCUCUCAGGAUGACUUCUUGCUUCUUUAACAUACCUUGAUGCUGAGUAUGAAUCCUUUUCACACCGGUAAUUUGCACAACUUGUGCUUUUAACGAGAUGAGUUGUUCAUUGGCUAACUCAUUACAAGCUGAAAUGCUCUUUACCAUUUCUGUUGUUGAUAACUUGUUGGAAUACACAAAGUCGACGAAAUAUUUAUAUAUUGGACAAAAAACGAAUAGUAUAAGACUGGUUUACCAAAUGGAAUAUACUGUAUGGACUAUCAUUACCUUGGAAAGAAAGAAUAUCAAAACUUGCAACAAACUGGUCAUAUCACGUUAAAAGACAUAUCGUGUAUAUUCCUAAUUGUGUUCUUCUAGACGUUUUGACAAGUGAAGAUGGUUUAAAACAUUGGUACCAACAAUCACGAGCAUACAUUUAAAUAUGAAAAUCCGAAGUACACUUUAUAGUAUAUAUAGUAAUUAUUGCAUGUUGUAAUUUCGAUAUUUCUUAAACAAAAUAAAUUCAUACAUGCAGUGUGUAUAAGGCAAUUUAAGUAAAUGAAGUUUACUGGUAUAAUCAAUCCCCAGGACUUUGGUGGUGAGGCAGCACUUUCCUUGCGAUAGUAACUUCUAGUUAUAGCACUGGGAAGUUUGCCGUUUUUCAGUCAUUUUGUAUUAGGGACCGGUCAUUAUUUAUGGUGGAGGGUGGCACCGAAAAGAAAUGUAUUUCGUGGCAAAAAUUUUGCUGACCCAACCAUUCAAAAAGUAACAAAAAAUGAUUACCCAACCUCAAGUAUCAAUUGAAAAAUAAAUACCCGCCGCCCCUGGCCAAAAACUUUACAAAAAGAUACCAUUCAGUUGUCACACAUGUUCUUUACUACUUAAUCUGUGACAGGAGUUUGAUAACGGAUUGUGAGAAAUCUUCUGCAGUCUAAAGUUUCAUGUUGUCUGCACAUGUACGUUCUUUGAAGACACCAUUUGUCUUCCUACAAAUCGGAAAAAAAUGAUCAAGAUAUGAUUGUGAUUGAUUCACAUAUUGUAUUGACUUAUGACUGCCGACAGUGCUUUUUAUAGUCACCAAUAUUUUAGUGAGUCAUGCUUUGGAAGUGACAAUCAAUUUUUAUUACCCAACCCUUGAGUUGUUUUAUUUUUCAUUUACCCAACCUUUUACUUACUCAAAACUUCGUUUACCCAACCAUUUUCUCUUCGGUGCCCCCCUCCCCCCCCGCCAUACAUUAUGACCAGGGCGCUUUUAUAUAGGGCAGUGAAACGGCUAUAGGCUCGUCGAUCGAUGUGUGAUGCAAUGAACUGGUAACGAGUUUGUUGUGUUUACUAUGGCGACGUUGUCUUAUGGCAAGGAUAAAUAUGGCGGGAAAACUGAGCUGGAAAUUUUGACUGUUUUGUAGUCAAGUUUUGAUGAAGAAAUAGAUAUUGGGGGUAAAAUUCCGAUGUUAUACGAUAAUGUAGUGGAUUCUGCUAUUGUAUUUUCAGGUAAUACUGCCAAUAUUUUAGAGUUUUUGCUCAAAACGCUUGCGAAAACUUACGAACGGUUACUUUCGGAAGAAGCGUAACGUUAAAGGUUUUUAAAACUCUUCGUAUAUGUACACGUACCGUUCGCGUUCGAUAGAAUACAAUUCACAAUUUAUUUUAGCCACUAGUUGAUCUUUUCAGUUGAAAAUCAAGAAAUGCUUAACUUGAAUUUGUAUUUUUUAACGAAUCCUUACGAGAAGUUGUCUUGGCCAGCCGGUCAGAAAGAUCAAAGUUGGGACGAAACUUUUUCGACUAUUUCGCUCAACAAACGUCCGAGCGAGUCGUAUUUUGAUUCAAAGGCCAAGAAGUAAAAUAUGUUUACGGCUCAGAAUUACUUCAAUUGAAUGCUUAAAAGUCGUACAAAAUUAUUAACAUAAUAACAAAAAAUCAUGACAUGGCCAAAAUACAAUUGUUGGGUUUUUUUUUGCAGCGAAAUAAUGGUCUAACGAGGCAAAAUUUAACACACAAAAAUACUUCACUUUCCAACGCUGUAUAUUCAAUUGCUCAACUCCGAGUCUUAUGAAAACUUUUGGAGAUAAGCACAUAAUUAUAAUCUUUACCAUCAACUGUAUUUCGAAGUUUGGACGAAUUGAUAACAUGCCCAAAUGCUGUUUUGAAAAUUUCCCUUCAUUCAAGUCAUCAAAAGCCCGACUCAUUAUCCUCAAUAUUUCUUUCAAAAUUCAACUAUACAGGCCAAACAAGCAUUCGUACGAUACACUAGUUACUACUUCGUCGUUACAGUGCAAAAACAUCCUCAAGAAUUUCGUAAUGAAAAAACAGCGAAAAUAAUACAGCAUGAAAAAUUACGCUUCUUGUCAACUUUUGCCGAAAAGCACGCUCGUGCCAGUCCUUUUCCGCAUCACACAUCGAUCAGCGCGUUUCACCGCCCUGUAUUUAAGCAACUGAGCUACAGAGGCCAGCUGUUGAGCUGUAACCGUAAGUUCAUGUUACCUAUAUAUACAUGAACUUACGGUUACAGCUCAACAGCUGGCCUCUGUAGCUCAGUUGGUUAGAGCGUGCAGGGCCGUGGGUUCAAUUCCUACCAGAGGGCCUUGUGCUGCAUUUUUCGCAGUCGUUCCUGGUUAUGUCUUAAAAUGUAUAUAUUUUCACUUGUAUUACAAACCCUAACAUCCUAAUAUUAAUUCCACCAAGUGAAGUGCAAGAAUCUAAGUUAUUCAAGUCCACCUUAACACAACCCGCACACCCGAUUACCUAUCUAUCUAUCUAUCUAUCUAUCUAUAUAUAUAUAUAUAUAUAUAUAUAUAUAUAUAUAUAUAUAUAUAUAUAUAUAUAUAUAUAUAUAUAUAUAUAUAUAUAUAUAUAUAUAUAUAGUAUAUAUAUAUAUAUAUAUAUAUAUAUAUAUAUAUAUAUAUAUAUAUAUAUAUAUAUAUAUAUAUAUAUAUAUAUAUAUAUAUAUAUAUAUAUAUAUAUAUAUACAUGAACUUACGGUUACAGCUCAACAGCUGUUCUCUGUAGCUCAGUUUGUUAGAGCGCUGCACCGGAAUCGCAGGGCUGUGGGUUAAAUUCCUACCAGAGGACCUUGUGCUGCAUUUUUCGCAGUCGUUCCUGGUUAGGUCUUAAAAUGUAUAUAAAUAUUAUUCUCACUUGGAUUACAAACCCUAACAUCCUAAUAAUUCCACCAAAUGAAGCGCAAAAAUCUAAGUUAUUCAAGUCACCUUAUCACAACCCGCACACCCGAUUACCUAUAUAUAUAUGAACUUACGGUUAAUGCUCAACAGCUGGCCUUUGUAGCUCAGUUGGUUAUAGAGCGCUGCACCGGAAUCGCAGGGCCGUGGGUUCAGUUCCUACCAGAGGGCCUUGUGCUGCAUUUUUCGCAGUCGUUCCUGGUUAGGUCUUAAAAUGUAUAUAUUCUCACUUGGAUUACAAACCCUAUAACAUCCUAUAUAUAAGCGCCCUGAUAAUGACCGAUCCCUUACACGCUGGAAAUUGAUACCGCUUUCUGAAAAAAGGUAUCCAUUUCCCGUGCGUAAUACAAAAUAACUGAAAAACGGCAAACUUCGAGGGGCUAUAUUAUCCGCUUUUUACAACAUUUCACAACGAAACUUCGGAAUAUUACUAAUUUUGUGAUGCUCUUUGAAGCCGUGAUAACAUUUUUGUCUGGACUUGUCUAGAUGACAAUUUUGUUCAUUAGGGAAUAGGUCCAUUAGGGAAUAGGUUCAUUAAGUAAUGCGUUCUCAUAACAAUUUAUUAAAUUACGUCAUAGAACUGACGUUUAAACUUAUCUUAAUUUACGUUAAAUAUUAUAAUGCAGUUCGUUGAUUAACCUAACCUAUUAUUGUAAUUUGUAAGAAUUGUAAAUUUUUUGUACUAAAAUGAAGCGUACAUAUGUUUACAAGAUAAAAAUACGUCUGUAAUAUUUAUUUGGCUGUAAUUUCCCUAAGUGAACUUAAGUUAUCAAUGAUCUCGGUCUAUCUUACACAAUUUUAUUACAAGUUACCAAAUAUUUCUUCGCGAUUCAUUUAAAAUAAUGUUGAUGUAGUUGCCGGACAUUUUUCCGAAAGACACUUUGCCGAAAGACAUUUUGCCAACGGACAUUUUGCUACAACAACUCUUGCAUUAACAAUCUGUGAUAUGCAUACUGUAGAUUUCCACUUUUUCACACGUUGGCAACCGGAUUGAAAAUAACCCAACGUGUAAUGUUUGUGAUGUUACUCUGAGUAUAUAUCCACAUCGGGCAAGCUUGAAAAAUAUGCCUGACCACGGUGGGAAUCGAAUUUCCACCGUGGUCAGGCAUAUUUUUCAAGCUUGCCCGGUGUGGAUAUACACUCAGAGUAACAUCACAAGAAUCAUAUUCACCUGCAUGAGUACAUUACACCAACACAGAAAAAAAACAACGUGUAGUUGAAAUUUCCUGAUUGGUUUGGUCCCUUGAAAUGAUGUUACUGUGCACUGUCGCUGAUAAGGGACUGUGUAACUUCCCGACGAAGGCCUUCGCUGGAAACGUCGAAGUUCUGCUUGUAUUUUUCAGGUAGUUGUAUAUCCCAUUCAACCUGCAGCUUUCUUACAUGCAUUAAUGGAUACGUAUUAAAUUAUGUUGAUCAAUGAUUUUGGGUUCUGCCGAAUGGUAGUACACAUCACUUUUUCAACAAUUCAUUUUGCCGUUGAUUAACUGAAAUUUGACUACUGUUGAGUAUUAAGCUACGUUUACACGCUGCGAUUUGUCGGGCCGAUUUUGAAAAAAUCCCUAUUUGAUGUCCCUUCUUCGACAUUUAGCGAUUUAAACGUUCAAUUGAAGAUGUCCGCUCUCUCGUCUGUUCAUAUUAUAGUUUUCUGCGUGCGAAAAGUUUUCAACAACUUUACAACGGAAGAAAAAUCGUUGAAUCGUGAGAAAAUCUGUGGUUUUGUUACAGAUUUUUCUCCCGAUUUUGUGAAUCGCAAUGUGCUGACGCGAGUACUCACGACAGGUUGUAUACAUACAGCGAGCAAAAUCGGCCCGACAAAUCGCAGCGUGUAAACGUACCUUUAAAUUACCAAAAACUGGUGCUUGUGCCUAAUAUGAAAUAUUCUUAACACCUGCAGAUUCAAGCACCAUUGCUGCACUAUUCGUAACAUUUCACAUAACAUUUAUCAUUUAUAUAGACCUGGAGCGAGGGGGGAUUGGGCGAAAUAUUACGCGAAUGCCCUGAGCGUCUAUAAAUGAUAUAUUUUACCGAAAAUUAAAAGCCUCCAAGUUGAGAAUAUAAAACUUGCCACAUACAUUUGUGAAUACGAUGUUUUAUUUUAUUAUCGUCAAACACGAAGACGUAAAGCGCGAUUCGAUGAUCAAUUUCAUGCUCACGUGGCGCAAACUUAGGUUUCUGAUUGGACACUUUUAACUUGAGGUAUAAUAUUUGCAAGUAACAUUGUUAUAUGCAUUAUAGGGUGUUCCUACUACAGUCAUUGUGGGUGUACUGAACGAAAUCGCGGACGAGUUGGAAAACAUUUUACAACGAUCGUGCAUUUCACUGAGAACUGUUCAAGAUAUUGGUGUAGAUGACCCAAUGUUUCACCAAAAGGUUCGUUUUCAAGACUCACUUAAAUCAACAUGCCACGUUUUUGAUGAAUACGCUGAAUACUCUGGAGAGUUUUGUGACGAAAACACCGCUUACAUUAAAGACAGUACGGUAAAUAAUGUUGGAUUGUUAACGGCCAGUGUAACUGAAAAUCAUGUGUCUUCGAGAACGAAUCAAUCUUUUCACAAAACUGAAUUUUUACCACAUGGCAACACAACAAAAAGCAACUGGCAAUUGCACCUAUCUUCUACAUAUUCAUUAUCAAAGUAUCCUUCUGUUGACCGUACGUCUUCAUGCAAAGACACCCAAAAAGCUGUUAUGGAGGACGAAUUCGAUUGUUGUUUUGAUGGACUUACCGUAAGUGAAGGAACACCAAGAAAUGUUGGAAGGCCUUUUUCGACACCUACAAGUUCUAUCAAGCCUUACAAUGAUAAUAUAGUGAAAGCAUUGGCAAGGAAGAAACCGAGUCCUUUGCUUGGUGAGAGAAACUUUGGAAAGAGUAAUUUAGAAUUAAACAAUGACUCUCUUUUAAAUUGUGCUUCUAUAUCUGACGGAUGUGGAUUGAGUUUAAAACAAAAAAACGCUAACUUAAAGUUUUCAGGGAAUCAUAAUUCGGAUUUAAGUAAGAAUGAUUCUGAACUGCGGUGUAUGUCGGAGAAACUGUCUAUUCACAGAGAUAGUAGAAACGAAGUAUUUGCGAGUAAAAAGAUUCCUAAGAUAAUGGAUGUGAAGAAUGUACUUCUUAGAAGUCGUCAUCUUACAGGUCAGUCGACACUUGAACCAUCUACACUGUCACAGACUCAGGAUUGUAACACUAAAUGUAGUGACAUAAACAGAGUUUUGGGCGGUGGUUGUAAUAAGGUUGGCAAUAGAAGCAAUUCAAUGGUAUCUAAAGGGAAUUAUGAGCAUCAGGUGGUACAGAGUUCUUUUGACAUCAAUCACGAACCACGUAACGACGAAACUGAGACUAGUUAUCUAGUUGCGUGCCGAAGGGACGAUUAUUGGCUUAAUUUUUUAGGUCGUAGUUUAGCCCAUGGAAAAGAAAAUGAAAUGUCGCUAGCACUGGAAAUUCUUAAAAAGCAAUUUACAUCUUCAGAAAUGGCCCGUCACGAAUUCUCGAUUCAGUUGGAUCUUAUUAGUGUCCAGACUGUUUUAGGACCGCCCGUGUGUAACUCCUGUGUACUGGAAGGUGCUGUGGUAGAACUUUCUAAAGAAAACCAAUGCAUAGUAGCAUGUGAUAUUGACAUCCCAAGGCGAAUUGCUUUGGUUCAGGGUGAUAUCUCUUACAAUUACCGACACCCUGGGUUUAACGAUUCUGUACAAGUAACCCAAACUUUAAACAAAGAUGAUUUCUGCAACUCAAAUUUGAAUGCCCAAAGCAAGUGGAUGGAUCGUGUGAUGUCUCUGGUAAAAGGUUUACAUUUAGGCGUUGUUGCAGUACAUGGUCAAAUAACAAGUGUACUUCGAGAUCAUUUGCAAGCCUUGGAUGUGGUUGUGCUUGAAAAUUUAAGCAACCACCAGCUCGAUGUUCUCUCAAAAAUGACAGAAACGUCGAUAGUUCCUUACAUUUUGGAUUUAACUGCAUAUGAUCUUGGAAAGCCAGUUGUUGUAAGAAUUUGGGACAGCGGUUGGUCUUCUGGUAAACAUUCAGCAAAAUCCGACGUAGUUCAAACAUUCAUGUUUGGUCAAAUCAGCCUUUGGUCUGAUGAACAAUUUCAGAAAUUGACUUCUGUCGUAUAUUCUGUUGCGUUGUGUGGUCCAUUACAAGAUUUGGUGAAUGAUAGUGAACUGAAAUUUUGGAAUUGUGUCCAUCGUUUACGGAAUGCUAUUGAAGAUCAAUGUGUAUUGCCUGGUGGAGGAGAUAUAGAAGGAAUUUGUGUUAAACACUUAGAAGAUAUCAGAGGUAAAAUAUGUGCAUAUUGUAUCUGUUUGUUAUAA